AUGAUGAACCAAGCGGUCUCCUUCAGGGUCCUGCUCUCCAACGACGCGGUCUACCGCUUCCAGUGUCUCGCAACACACCAGCUGCGAGUCGUCUUUGACCAUAUACAAGAGCUCUCGUCGGCCUCAAAGCCUGCGGAGCUGUACCAUUGGCGCACGCACCAACAUUUGGACGGCGGCAAGGUGGUCGGUGACAUUCUCGCCGACGGCGAUCUCUUGACGCUGGAGGUCGAGGCACCAGCCAGCGAGGCCAUAACGGUGUGCCUCGACGCGACGACGUCGAUGGUCGACCUUAGCCUCUACCCACAUGACGACGCCGUCCAUGACGACCUCGGGCUCCUCGACCAGCUCGUGCCACUGGUCGCCGACGACGGCAUCAGCAACAAUGACAGCAACAACGCGAUGGAAGAGUCCGCGUCGUUCGAGCUACCGGAUGCAGGCGACCGUGAGCGUUGGCGCAAGGCGCACCUCGGGCGCAUCGAGGCGAACGGGCUCGCGACGACGCUCAACCUGACAACCCUCGAGAUCGAGCACAACACGCGCAUCUCGCACCACGAUCUCAUGCUGCACGCGGCGCUGCAGCUUACAGAGAACGCACUCGUGUUGCAGCACGAGCUCCGGCUCUUGUACUUGCACUUGCGCAGCCACCAGGGCUCGUCGCCGAUCCUCAAAGAGUCGGCCUCGACGUUGCUGUCGCUGCUACGACGCACGGACCGCCGGCCGAUCUUGUUGCAGCCAGGCAUCGACGUGGCGAUGCACGGCUACGUCGACUGCGGCAAGUGGGGCGCGCUCUGGCGCACCAAGCAGCGGUGCUGGGCCGUGCUUUGGGCCGCAAAGCUCUCGUUCUUCCCGUCGCCCGAGGCCGCCAAGAAGUACAUGUUUGCGCUGGCGAACGCGGGGCGCAGCGACGCGCCAGACGACGUCAUCGGCCAGCGCAUCCAGCGCGAGUAUGCGCCGCACACGGAGUUCGCCCUGGCGGGAUGGAGCGUGCGCCCGGGCGCGCCCGAGUGCGCGCGGCACACGUUCGCUCUCUUUGACGCGCAUGGCGUCCUUCGGCAAGUCGUCGACGUUGCGUCCAAGGCCGAGACCGACGCGUGGGUUCGCGCAAUUACGAUCGAAGCCCAGCAGCACCUCGUGCGGCUCCAGGCCAAGCUGUCGACGGCGACCGCGCCCGAGUACCUCCAGCUACUCCGGCUCACAGGCGAGGACGGCGCGGCACGCUUGGCGCUGACGCCGACGCUACGCCUUCGCGUGCCGCUCAAGUGGCUCCACGUGCACUUGGAGGCGCAGGACGCAUCGCUGCGCGCGCGGCGGCUCAAGUGCUCGAACUUUGCGCAAGCGCUCAAGGACAUCCAGCGCGAUGUGCUGCGCAUCAACGGCCGCCUCUACGCGAGCUCGUGCUUUGAAGACAUGCUCUCGGAGCUCGCGAUCGAGCUCCUCCAACACGCGUCGAGCCACCGGAAAAGCUCGGAAAUGGACGCGCUCGCGUGUGCGCGGCAGCUGCUCAUCUACAGCAGCCGAACGACGGGCGGCGGCGACGUCCUUGAUGCGGUGCACUACUUGUUAUCGAGUGCCCACUACUGCCUCUGCCCCGAGAUGAGUGACGUGUCGCCUGUCGACGUCGCGAUCCAGCUCCUCGACGGCCAAACCGUCGUCGACAUCGAGAUGACGAUGGUCUUCAAGCUCAUCCCGACGGCCGGCGAGCAAGCCAUCGGGCGCGUCAUUGGCAUCUCCCGCCAGCGACUCCUCUGCGACAUGACCACGCACUUGGAAGUCGACGGCGAAAUCCGCCUCGAGGUCGAGCCCGUGGAAUAA